AUGACACUUUUAAAAUUUAUUCGUACCAUUUCCAUCAUUGGUCUCUUCGCAGGUCUUGCAACAGCGGCUCCAUUCUCCGUUGAACGUACGCCGGACAAGACCUUUGCACUUGCUAAGAGAGCAACAUGUACACCAGUAUCUGCUGGUAAUUCUGGGAUCGAUGACUCUCCUGCAAUCAGAGAUGCAAUCAGCUCUUGCGGUGCUGGAGGCACGAUUGUCAUCCCACAGGGGGUUACUUAUGCGAUUCGAUCCUCUGUUGACUUUAAAGGCUGCACUGGCUGUAUAUUCAACAUCGAAGGCACCCUCAAAGCAUCGAAUGACCUCGACUAUUGGUACUACCACUCUGAGAUAUUUCUCAUGAGCGGCGUUAAAGGGGCAACAGUUCAGAGUUUGCUUGGAACAGGAGUCAUCGAUGGCAAUGGACAGAACGCUUACGAUAUUUUUGCUACCAACAGCAGUCUGAAGAGACCAGCACUGUACUCGAUUAAAGGAGGCUCCACAUCCAUCAUCAUAAAGAACAUCCACCUUAAGAACCCCCCUGGUAUUUUCUUUUAUGCCGGGGGUGGGAGUUCAAACAUCAAAUUCGCCUCUCUAUAUCUGACUGCUGCCAGCAAGAGCUCCUACGCGCCUAAGAACACGGACGGGUUUGAUAUCUGGGAUGCCAGUUAUGUCACGAUAACUGACACGACAGUCAGCAAUCAGGACGACUGCGUUGCAUUCAAAGCCGGUUGCAACUACGUUACUGUGACCAAUAUCAAGUGUACAGGCUCGCAUGGCCUCUCCGUCGGAUCCCUUGGAAAAUCAUAUGGAGCUGUGGAUACCGUCAAGAACAUCUAUGUUGAUGGCGCCGACAUGGUCACCUCAGCUAAAGCAGUUGGAAUCAAGAUUUACCCAAGCGGACCAAACCAUGGGUCUGCUAUAGUCUCAAACGUUACCUGGGCAAACGUUGUAGUUGAUGCGAGCGAUUAUGCUAUACAACUUGGGGGCUGCUACGGCGAAACAGACGCUUAUUGUGCAUCAUAUCCGAGCACUGCGCAAUUCACGGACAUUAAUUUAAUUAACUUCUCGGGGAAAACAUCAGCUCACUAUGAGCCAACUACCUCUGAAGUAACUUGUCCAGCUGGAGCAUGUCAUGUUAGUUUUACGGGUUAUAGUGUACUAUCACCGCUUGGUACGUCCAAGGUUAUUUGCACGAAAAAUGGAGGAACAAUAACAGGAGUUACCUGUUCGAGCUCUUAG